AUGGUACAAGUCACAAUCCUCGCGGUCCUGGCUGCCUUUGCUUUCACUGGCGUCGACGCGGGCCUGCACAACCCCCUCGAAUGUCUCAUCGAGGCAUUCUGCCCCCAUACCGAAGACCCAGCACACCCGCCCGUUCAAACCACCAAGGCCGCAGCUGUCAGGGACGUGUGGAGCUUGAAGGCUAGUACUCCCGAGUACACGGAGACGGCCCCUCCUCCAGAGAAAGACCUUGAUCCGGAAUGCUACAAUGUCAAGAACCCCGGCUUCGAGGACGCGACACUCUCCCCUUGGAAGGUGUCAGACCCUCGAUCCAUUAAAGUCCAGACUUCACGUGGAAGAUACCAAGCCCAGAGCGGUAGAAAAUUCCUCCGUUUUACAGUUAAUGAUCCCAAGGUGGAGCUGAGCAUCAGCCAGCAACUACACGGUCUUGAGCCUGGCAACCACUGGAUCAACUGGGCCGACACGUGGACUGAAAAGAACAACACGGGCGCGUCCGAGUGCACAAUCAAGAUCAAGCUUGACGACGAAGUCAUCUUGGAAGACCACCACUGGGUGCUCGACCCCUUCUACUGGGGCGGCGGCUCCUUCAUCAAGAAGAUUGCCUCUCCCGACCCAGUGCUCAGCUUCAACUUUCUGUGCCCAGACGCGCCCUCAGGCGGUGUCGAGUUUCUCAUGGAUGACAUAACCGUCUACCCUAUUGGUACGAAUUGUAAUGGCGAGGAAGUUUCAGAUCUUUAG